CUCUCCUUUUUCUUUUUCAAAAACCAAACUUUUUUCAGUUUCUAUAUCUAAAUCCCAUUUCACAUUCCCUUCAUACCAACACAAAAAUAAAAAUGUAUAAUAAUCAUCAAUCAUCUCAACAACACCAUUUUGAUUUCGAACAUGACAACAUAAAUUUUGCUGGUGCCGGAGAACCAACUUCAUGGCUUUCCGGCGAAGAUCUCCGCCCUUCAUCACCGACCCAUCACCGUAACCCAUCUGCAUUUUCAAAUUCCACCGCCGCCGCCGCCGGCAGCAAUGUUGACCGUGUUCUUUAUAAUGAUCUUGUUCAGAUUGUUCCCCUUGUUCAGUCUUUAAUUGAUCCAAAGGUGAAUAGUUCGUAUACGCGUAGAGGGUCAAUGAUUUAUACGAAGACACCUUCGGUUUCUAAUAAGAUGGCUGAAGUAAAAGGUGGGAAUGCUAAAUCGGUUCCAGGGAAAAAGCGCAGGGAAAAUGGUGGCAAUGAACAAGAUGGAGGUGCUGAUGGUUUAUCUAAGUUUUCCUCGAGUGCAAUUUUGACAAAGGAAAGGGAAGAAUUGGCCGAAUUGAGGGAAAAAGUGGAGGAUCUUCAAAGACGGUUGUUAGAGAAAGAUGAAAUUUUAAAAUCAGCAGAAGCUUCAAAAAAUGAAAUUAGUUCUGUUCAUAGCAUUCUUGAUCAAAUGAAAAAGCAGGCAUCGGAAAAGGAUGCAUUACUACGUGCUACUCAAGCACAAUUAGCCGACGUAAAGAUUAAACUUGCUGAUAAACAAGCAGCUGUAGAAAGGUUACAGUGGGAAGCAAUGACUUCGAACAAGAAGGUUGAAAAACUCCAGGAAGAUUUGAAUGCAGUUCAAGGAGAGAUGUCAUCAUAUACAAUGUUAUUUGAAGGCUUGUCGAAUGACAAUUUUACCCUUUUGGACCAAGAGUAUGAUGUUGUCCCCCUCAAUGGUCACCUUCCUGAAAUAGAUGAUAUGAAUGACUUGGAAGUAAGGGAAAUGGAAGAGGCAGAAGAAGCUUACAUGGCUGCAAUUGCUGUGGCGAAAGAGAAGCAAGAUGAAGAGUCCAUUGCCAUAGCUGCAAAUGCUAGGUUGCAUCUGCAAUCUUAUGCUCUAAGAAGUUCAAUAAUGUAAAAAGCCAACACUUGGAGUUCCUAUAGUAUCAUGUGUUGGAACCUUAUGUCGUGUGAACUGUUGUGCGAGUUGGAUUUACAUAUCUGCCUGUAAUGCUUAACCUCAUUAUCAGCAAGAUAUAUGAAAAGAGAAAGAAUUAACGUGUGCA